AUGGAGACCUCUAGAGACGAGAAACCCGUACCAACCAUGGCUAAAUAUAUCGAAUUCGCUGCCUUGAAGCCUGACGCGGUGGAUGGCGACGGGAUACCAAUGCUCAACAGGUGGUCUCACCUCAUUACACGAGACCACGACUUCCCGGCUUCUCAGGCUAUGCUCUAUGCCGCUGGCGUACCCAGCAAAGAGGCAAUGCAGAAAAGUCCUCACGUUGGAAUUGCCUCUGUCUGGUGGGAAGGCAAUCCCUGCAACAUGCACCUUCUCGAUCUGGGACGGACAAUCAAAGAUUCGGUUCAGAAGCAGGGUUUCAUCGGCUGGCAAUACAAUACCAUCGGUGUCUCUGAUGCGAUUACAAUGGGCACUGAAGGCAUGCGAUUUUCUCUACAAACAAGAGAAAUCAUCGCCGACAGUAUCGAAACCGUGACAAACGCACAACACCAUGAUGCUAAUAUCUGUGUGGCUGGAUGCGACAAAAAUAUGCCGGGAGUCAUCAUGGGUAUGAUACGACAUAAUCGCCCGUCAAUGAUGGUGUAUGGCGGGGCGAUCGAUCCUGGCUACUCUCACCAUCUUCGUAAACGUACGAACAUUGCGUCCGUCUACGAAGCCCAUGGGGCAUAUCAAUACGGAACACUUCUGAAAGCCGUCUCCGCGCAAUCAUCGGAUCAGACGUCGACAUUAUGUCCAGAAGAGAUACUCGAUGAUAUUGUCAAAACUGCAUGCCCAGGCCCUGGUGCUUGUGGCGGUAUGUAUACAGCGAACACAAUGGCCACAGCUAUUGAGGUAAUGGGCCUGUCUUUACCAGGGUCGUCGUCCAACCCAGCAACAUCACCUGCUAAACUGCGAGAAUGUCAAAAGACAGGAGAGACUAUUCGGGUUUGUAUGGAAAAAAAUAUAUGUCCACGGCAGCUAGUUACCCGAGAAUCGCUGGAGAAUGCAUUGGUCAUGACAAUGAUUCUCGGAGGCUCUACCAAUAGUGUUCUCCACUUGCUCGCAAUCGCAGCUACGGCCGAAGUUGAUCUAACCCUGGCGGAUAUCCAACGAGUGAGCGACAAAAUUCCAUUCCUUGCUGAUCUUGCUCCUAGUGGACGGUACCUCAUGGCCGAUCUCUACGAAGUUGGUGGGAUCCCUGCCGUUUGUAAGCUCCUCAUAGCCGCUGGAUUGAUCAAUAGCCAAACCCCAACGAUUACAGGAAAGACUCUUGGUCAAAACGUGGAGCCGUUCCCUUCAUUACGACAGGGUCAGGCUAUUAUACACCCUCUCGCGGCUCCAAUCAAGGCGACAGGUCAUAUUCAGAUCUUAAAAGGCAAUCUUGCUCCAGGGGGCGCAGUUGCCAAGAUAUCAGGUAAAGAAGGAGCUCUAUUCCAAGGCCGUGCUCGAGUUUUUGACAAGGAGAUGUAUUUGAAUGCGGCUCUAGCUGCAGGCGAAAUCCCUCGCGACGAAAACUUGGUUCUCAUUGUGCGGUACGAAGGUCCAACAGGAGGACCGGGAAUGCCAGAGCAAUUAAAAGCGUCUGCGGCUAUCAUUGGUGCCGGGUUGACAAACGUGGCUCUGGUUACCGAUGGGCGGUAUUCGGGUGCCUCGCACGGUUUCAUUGUGGGACACGUAGUUCCAGAGGCCGCGCUUGGGGGUCCCAUAGCUAUUGUGCGAGACGGCGACAUGAUCACCAUUUCUGCGAUCACAAACGAGCUCAGUGUAGAUCUGAGUGAUGCGGAAAUUACUCAGCGGCUCAAGGAUUGGCGUCCUCCAAAGAGUAACGUGACCCGAGGAGUGUUAGCCAAGUACCGGAAACUAGUUGGUCCAGCCGAUAGAGGUGCUGUAACCGAUUUGUUCUGA